AACUUCCACAAGAACAUGAGUUCAGGGAUGAACUCGCUGCUAGAGAGCGAAGACUUAGUCGAUGUGACGUUAGCCGUGCAAGGAAAGUGCCUGAAAGCACACAAGAUGGUGCUGAGUGUGUGUAGUCCCUAUUUCAAAGAACUCUUUAAGUCCAAUCCGUGUCAGCACCCGAUAGUGUUUAUGAAGGACGUUUCGUACGAAGCGCUUAGUGACCUUUUGCAAUUCAUGUACCAAGGAGAGGUGCAAGUUAGUCAGGAGAAUUUAACCACGUUUAUUAAGACUGCCGAGGCCCUUCAGAUUAAGGGACUCACCGCCGACGGCAACGGUUCUGCCGAGAAUGAGACUUCCGAAACCCACGAAAAACCUCAACGGCAUGUGGAAGAGUACAAACCCAUGCCAAGGCCAAAGAACAACCCGCACCCGCAGUAGCACCAUCACCUUCAAUCAAAAGGCAGAGGCUGUCGUCUGACAACCAGUCGACAGCGUCAAUCGCGCGUCGACGCCGAUAACGAAGCAGGAGCCUAGCGCGAGUGCUUCAGUCGGUUCGACGUCCCUGUCUCAACCCGAACAGGUUCAUUUUAAAAUGGAACCUUACGAUCAAGGUAGCGGGAUAUUGGACGAGACGGGAGACGAGACGUUCGGCGACGACACCUUAGACGACACGGCUGUGGAUGAUACGGAGGACUAUUCGAUGAUGGAAAGCGGCGUUGGUGAAAGCGAAGGCGGGGAACCGCAGGCUGGCACCAGCGGAACGGACGGCACGGGCGAAGGACAAGACGUUGAAUGGUUCUUAGAAACCACCAAGGGUUUGUCGAGCAACGGCAUUGUCGUUGGUGGUUUCACUUACCAUCAGAACAUCACCAAGGGAUCAUCUGGAACUAGGUAAGGGUGUGGAUAUUUUCAAUAGCUCGGGCUUUGACAGUUUUCCAAUUUUAAACGGAAUAAAUGUUUGAUGGAAAUUAGACGCU